UUUACGGCAGCUGUCGUGCCGCGCCGUGCUUUACGGCGUACCGCGGCCUCCGUACGCUCCGCCCGGUGCGGGGCAUUGCGGGGCAGCCGUGGCCAUGGCCGGGACCAUGGUGGCGGUCGGGCUGACCAUCGCGGCGGCGGGCUUCGCAGGUCGUUACGCGCUGAGAGCCAUGAAGCAAAUGGAGCCCCAGAUGAAGCAAGUGCUGCAGAACCUGCCCAAAGCGGACUUCAGUGGUUAUUACAGAGGUGGAUUUGAACCCAAAAUGACUAAACGAGAAGCAGCCUUAAUACUAGGAGUGAGCCCUACAGCCAACAGAAGUAAAAUUAGAGAAGCUCAUAGACGAAUCAUGCUUCUGAAUCAUCCAGAUAAAGGUGGUUCUCCAUAUGUAGCAGCCAAAAUCAAUGAAGCUAAAGAUUUGCUGGAAGACCAAGCUAAAAAAUGAAUUGGAGAUAAAAUCAGAGGGUUUGCUUGUAUAAAUGAUUGUUUCUUAUAAACAGCUUAAGGCAAGUACGAAUCUUAAUCAGUGACUUGAUACAAAUGAGGCUUGAAAAAUUAAUCAGGGGAGCUACAUCCUGCUCUGCUCAUUUCUUAGUCACUUUGGGGGAAAUGUGUGAGGGAGUGAAGCUUAAGGUUUUUUUCAGAGCUGUUCUUUAGUAAACGAUUAAAGCUGCCACUUUGAAGUAUUUUCUGCAUAGAAGAGCAGUAGUUUGGCUUGGCCAGUUCUUCCUGCAUGUUACCAGAUGCUGACAUGCUGUUACCUAACUUUUGUUAAACUAGUUACAUUUGAAAUUCAUGCUGCUAUUCUGUCAUAUGCCAAAGUUAGCAUGAUGAAAGAGUGCGGGGAGGGGGUAGAAAAGAACAGUAAUUACUUAACAAAAAGCAGUAGGAGAGAGAUGUGGUUGUUUCUGGAUGAAGAAAUAAAGUAUAAGAAACUGAACAUACUCAGUUGAUGGUUCAGCUUCUUAACUGUUAUUGGAGGAUCUAAAUGCCCCAAGUUUUCUAGUAGCUUUCAAUUCUUAAUGGAUUUUAUAGCAAUAAGUUACAAACCUUUAGUCAGUACUGUAGUUUUAUGCAUUAUCUUAUGCUACAAAGCUAACUCCUCGAGUGAUGAGAGGCCUGGCAGAGAUCUAAAUACACUGGAGCACUGGACAAUCAUCUGCUUGAAGUUCAAGGGAAAAAAACGUGCCACAUGUGGGACAGAGCAAUGCUGGGCACAGGUACGUGGUGGGAGACAGGUGGCUGAAGGGCAGCUCAGCAUGAGGGAACCUAGUUGUGCCAAGUGCCAUUGUGCUCACCAGCAGUGUAUCCUGGCAGCCAAAUUAAACAAGCAGAGCCAGCCAGUCCAAAGCAGUGAUUUCUUCGACUUCAGUGUUGGUGUGGCCUUACCUGGAACAUUGUAUACAGUUCCAGGCUCCACAACAUCAAAAAUAAUGUUAGGGUCCUUGAAAGUGUUCAGAGGGCAGCAAAGCUGGUAGAACUGGAAGCAUGUCCAAGGAGAAGAGGCUGAGGCCACCUGGAUUUGUCUGGUCUGGAGAAAAGUAAGCCAAGACAUAACCUUGCUGCUCUAUACAGCUCUCCUGAAACCAAUACCAUGAUGUACAGGAACAGCACAAAGCUGUACCAGGCCCAGGGGGAAACCUCAGGUGAGACAUUAAGACAAAUUCCCAAUGAGGUGGGUGAUGAACUCUGCCAGGUGAGAGGCAAGAGGCACCUGACAACAUCCUGAAAAGAUGCUUUGAGGCUAACCAAAAGUUGUCAGGCAGAUGAUGAGCUUUGUAGGGGCCUUCUGACUGGAGUACUUUACUUGCAUAAACCGUUAAAGAUACCUGAACAAAACACCAGCAGCUGUCCUUGGUGUCUGAACUGGGGCCAGUCUUCUCAUGCUCCAAGAAUCUUUCCAGCCUUUCUGCAACUAUGGUAAAACUGUACAACAUACACAACAGUUAACACUGUCUGCUCGUAGACACAGUGAAUUUUAGAGCUUUAAUUUUUCCAGAAUUCUGCCACCAUUUUCGUAAGUACUAUAAGUAGUGUCAACAUACUUUGUGUGAACUUCAGUUACUAUGUAGCUGUACUGCUGUAGUCUAAUUCUAUGGCUAUUCAGAAAUAUCAGAAUACAGGAAGCUUAUGUACCUUUAGAACAGAGUACCAAAAUCAGUAACACAAGCACUAAAUAGAAAGUGUUUAGAACCUACAGAAGACAGGGAUAUGCUGCUUUACUACAGAACUUAAAGCAGGAUUUAAAAAACAAAACAAAAA